AUGACGAGCCCCCUGGAAGUGCCGCUGGAGGUGGGGGACUACCUCACCCCCUCAGAAUUGCCCAAGCCCAAGUUGAAGCGCACGCUGACCGGGUUCACCCCGAACCAGAUCUUGACCUACGAAGCCGCCAUCCCCGAGCUGGCCCGCAACAUCUGGACCAAGUACUCGCAAUUGCUGUUGACCGACCACCAGCGCAGCCAGCCGACGAAAGAACACGAAGUGCUCACCACUAAACAAGGGUUUGAGAAGGCGUUUGUCAGCCACACCGAAUUGACGUUGGCGAGAAACAUGUACAAUUGCGACGAGUUGGCGGCGUACAUGGCGGCGGCCACCACCAUCAGAGAUGGCCUUGUGCUUGACUGGGGCAACACCCAGCAGAAACAGACCAUCCACGACGGCAAGCGUGUCUACUAUUUGUCGUUGGAGUUCUUGAUGGGGAGAGCGAUGGACAACGCUUUGAUCAACUUAAAGUGCCGUGACAACACCCAGGAGUCGUUGGCUGAAUUAGGGUUCUCGCUCGAAGACAUUUUGAACCAAGAGCCUGACGCCGCCCUCGGUAACGGUGGGUUAGGCCGGUUGGCGGCGUGCUAUGUCGACUCGUUAUCGCUGAAAAACUACUCCGGUUGGGGUUACGGGCUUAACUACCAGUACGGGAUCUUCCAACAAAAGAUUAUCGACGGUUACCAAGUGGAAUUCCCCGACUACUGGCUCCGUUACUCGACCCCGUGGGAAGUGGACCGCAAGGAAAUCCAGAUUCCCGUCGACUUCAACGGGUAUGUGUACGAGGACGUCGACCCCAACACCGGUAAGUCGCACAAGGUGUGGUCCGGCGGCGAACGGGUGCUUGCCGUGGCGGCUGACUACCCCAUCCCCGGCUACAACACUCAGAACACCAACAACUUGAGAUUGUGGAACGCCAAGCCCACCAACGAGUUUGACUUCUCCAAAUUUAACGCCGGUGACUACCAGCAAUCGGUGGGGUCGCAACAAAAGGCUGAAGCCAUUACUGCGGUGUUAUACCCUAACGACAACUUUGAACAGGGUAAAUUGCUCCGUUUGACCCAGCAAUACUUCUGGGUGGCGGCGUCGCUCCACGACAUCGUCCGCCGGUUCAAGAAGAUGCACAAAGACAACUACGCCAUCUUCCCCGACAAAGUGGCCAUCCAGCUCAACGACACCCACCCCACGCUUGCCAUUGUUGAAUUGCAGCGUAUCCUUGUUGACCUUGAAGGGCUUGAGUGGAACACUGCCUGGGACAUUGUCACUCGGGUUUUCGCUUACACCAACCACACGGUGAUGGCGGAAGCUUUGGAGAAAUGGCCGGUGGACAUCAUUGGGAAGUUGUUGCCCCGUCACCUUGAAAUUAUCUACGACAUCAACUACUACUUCCUCCAAGAUGUCCAGAAGAAGUUCCCUGAAGACCGCGACUUAUUGGCCUCGGUGUCGGUGAUUGAAGAAGGCCAACGCAAACAGGUGCGUAUGGCUUAUUUGGCCAUCAUCGGCUCCCACAAGGUCAACGGGGUUGCCGAGCUCCACUCCGAACUCAUUAAGACCACUAUUUUCAAGGAUUUCGUCAAGGUGUUUGGCCCCGAUAAGUUCACCAACGUCACCAACGGGAUCACCCCGAGAAGAUGGUUGCGCCAGGCUAACCCGGAACUCGCCGAGCUUAUUCUGGACUUGUUGAACGACCCCAACUACGAGUACUUGACCAACUUGGGCCAGCUCAAGAACAUUGAACGCUACGCCGACAACGACAAGGUGCUCCAACGGUGGAACCAAAUCAAGUUCGACAACAAGCAGAAGCUUGCCCAGCUUGCCAAGGACUUGACCGGCGUCGAAAUCAACCCCAAGUACUUGUUUGACGUCCAAGUGAAGCGGAUCCACGAGUACAAGCGUCAACAGAUGAACAUCUUUUCGGUGAUCUACCGUUACAUCAAGAUCAAGGAAUUGCUUUCUCAAGGCAAACUGUUGGCGGAAGUGGCCAAGACGUUCAUUCCCAAGGUGAGCAUUUUCGGUGGUAAGGCUGCCCCUGGUUACUACAUGGCGAAGACGGUGAUCCACCUUAUCAACAAGGUCGGUGACGUCAUCAACAACGACAAGGAGAUUGGCGACCUCUUGCGGGUGGUGUUCAUCCCCGACUACAACGUGCUGAAGGCCGAGAUCAUCUGUCCUGGAUCGGAUAUCUCCAACCACAUCUCCACCGCCGGCACUGAGGCCUCGGGUACGUCCAACAUGAAGUUUGCCUUGAACGGGGGGAUCAUCAUCGGUACCGUCGACGGGGCCAACGUCGAAAUCACCCGGGAAAUCGGCGAAGAAAACAUCUUCUUGUUCGGCCACCUUUCGGAAGAGGUCGACGACUUGCGCCACAACAACAACUACAAGGGUGUCCAGGUGCCCAAGCUGCUCCAACAAGUGUUUGACUUGAUUUACAGCGGCAAGUUCGGCAAUGUCGACGAGUUCCGCCCGUUGAUCGAGCUGAUUGCCCAGCACGGCGACUACUACUUGGUGUCAAACGACUUCGACAUGUACUUGGAAGCCCAGCAAAAGCUUGAAAAAGUGUACGGCACCAGGAGAUGGACCCAGAUGCUGGUGGUCUCGGUGGCCAACAUGGGUUUCUUCUCCCUGGACCGGUGUGUCGACGAGUACGCGGAAAACAUCUGGAACAUCGAGCCUUUGAGCCAGUAG